AUGAUCGAAAAAAAUGCCGCUGAACGCGCAAUAACACUUACUACUCUCCUAAACGAACUCUUUACUCAAUAUAACCAACAUGAAAAUCCAACUGCUAAUUGGAAAUUCUGGUGGGUUCGGUCCUAUGAAAAUUACGUUAAUGAUUUGGAUGGAAGAGCUUAUGGAAAUGGCCAUAUAAACAAGGAAAAGCUAAA